GAACUUCGCAACCACCAACAUUACACCUCUUUUUUCCCUAUACGUCACUAAAUCCUAUCAAAAACGUGAUACAAAACACACCCCUUUUGCGCGAAUCGCAAGAAUUAAACUUUUUUAAUUAAAACAUUUUCUUUGCAAAAAAUUAUGAAAAAUCAGUGAAAUGUGCGCGAUUCAGUGACUUAAUGAGUGUACCAAUUAGUGAGUUUUCCUUCGGGCGCGGAUACUUUUGGUGUCUUGUUCUUUUUAUGAAACUUUAAAAAGGGAAUUUACCUUUACUCGCGAGAACUAAGUCAUCGGGGACUUUAAAAAAGCUGACAAAAGUUUCUCCUUGGUAUUACUUAAUAGCACGAAACAACGUUUGAGCUUAAACAGAUUAAAAAAAGACGGUAUCCCCAGUGGCGGUCAUAAUAUUUUCAUAUGACAGUCGAGGCUAAGAACAUUUUACCUUUAAGAGCUCGUACGUAGUUUAGUGCGGCUUAUACACUGCGGUACCAACUACCUAAUGCAGUAAGAGGCAGGUGGACAUAAAAUAUACACUGUUCACCGUCAUCGUAUGUCCGAAGGAGAUAGCGUUACGGCAACGUAAAGCGCUUAGCAUCGUCCUCUCUUCGGAAACGAGACCGUUUUGUGUGUGUGUCUCUGUGUACAUAGAGGAGACUAGAGUUUCAUAACUUUACGAACUGGUAUGAUGUAACCAAAGCACGAAGGAAGUUGCCCAAAUUUUGAGUACUAAUGAGUGGCCCCCGGUGUUUACCGAAAGUAUACUCUGGGCUGAGCCCUCGAAGAGCCUAUGCCUUCCUGUUCUUCAUUUGGAUGGCGUCCAUCUACAGUAACGGCUUAGUAAAUGGUAUGAGAAUAACCAGCUUAUCAGCACCGAAAAUCGCGGAUCUCAGAGACAAUUUAAUUCUCGAAUGUAAAUUCGAUACCGGAGGCGAACAAUUAUUCGCUGUUAAAUGGUACAAGGAUGAACAAGAAUUUUUCAGGUAUAAACCAUUAGGAAGCCCCUCAGAGAUGUCGUUUCCAGUAGCGGGCGUUCAUUUACGAGGAGCAUCGUCGAAUUGCAGCCGGACGCAAUGCAGAGUGGUGCUCGAUCAUCUAAGCAGAGACCACAGUGGCGGAACGUACCGAUGCGAAGUAUCCGGAGAAGCACCCGCUUUUCGCAUCGCUUCCGAAAGCCACAACGUUACGGCCGCAGCUUUACCAAUCGAAGAUUUAACCAUUGAAAAUCUUCAAAGUAAUUAUCAAGAAGGUGAAGUUAUAACAGCGGAUUGUAUCAGCGCCCCUUCUGAUCCAGCUCCGUUACUUUCUUGGUACAUGAAUGGGUAUCAGGCAUUAAGAAAAUACGUUGGAGAAAUGAACAGUUCAAAACCAGAUCCUCAAGGACUCAUCUUUCGAUCAUUAACAAUAAAAUUUGUGGCGGAUAAAAAGCUGUUUCCAAACGAAGGUCGAAUGGAGUUAUCCUGCAGGUCAACAUUACCAGGUAUAUCCAUUGACGCGCAAGUAAUCGAAAAGGUAAUUUUGCUCAAGAGCCACAACUCACAAACGGCAAUCAAAAAUCAAAAGCUUCACUGGUUGAGUAGUUCCAGCAACCCAUCGAGAAUAUCGAUUCUUUUGUACACUUUAAUCAUUACAAUGAUCGUUCUUUCAACGUUUAUUCGUGAAAAUUUACUGCUUAGAUAAGUGCUCAGAGACACUUGUUAUUGUGUGAGGUUGUGAGUUUGUAUAUGUUUCUUGAGGUGUCUUCAAUUAUUAUGAAAAUGUGAUAAAAGAUGUUUAGAUUGUUCGUUCGUUUAUCACGGGGUAAAUAUGAGGCUCUCAGGUAGCCAACAUUCAUUAAAUAACAUUAAUUUGAUUAUUUAACAUAUAAAAAUUAUUUUCAUUUAAAUUACAACA